ACCAAAGGUAGUUCAGGAUUUAGGUACACACGAAAGCAGGAUACCUGAAGCAGGCGCCACCCACCCUUCGUCGGGCCCUACUCCAACGCGGCCAUCCAGCAGCAGUGUCUGGACGUAUGCUUCUAAUCUCGAGCCCGAACGAAUGACCCUUUCCAGCUGUACUUCGCCUUCAGCCACCAACACAGGGAUACUAUAUCUUCGAAUUAAAAGAAUUGAAGAUAUUGUGCUGGAGGCUCCAGAUGAGGAUACCAUGCUCUCUGUCCGCAUCGAUACUGGGCGUGAGAAGAUCGACACAGAUUAUAUGCCCUGGAAGAGCGAUAGCAUUCUAUUUAACCAAGAGUUUUGUCUGAAUCAAAUUAUCAGUGUGGAGUUCCAAACUGUCAAUGACUGGGUUGAUUUGACGGACUAUGACUCCUAUCCCUCUUCUCUCCCUGAUGAUUACACUGCCACGUAUUUGAAUGUUGAGAACUGCAACAAUAAGGACAAAAACAAUGGCAACGCUGCAGAGGGUGGAGAUUCAGGCAUCAUCGCAAAGAUAUUGGCAUCCGUAUGCUUCAUUCCUGGUCCUGAGAUGGACCCCGAGGAUGCUAUUUAUGAAGAUGAAGACCAUAUCCCGACAGAACCUCAAAAUUUAGUCGAAUGUCAGAUGGGUCUACGGUACUUUGAGUGGUCGAAAGGGUCAGGAGAGAAAUAUAGGGAUGCAGUGGCUCAUGCAGCUGCCAGCAACACUAAGAAGCGUUUGGUGAGACUAGAUUUCCGCACAGAUUCUGAAGAUAUGGCAGAAGCCUGGGUGGAAGCACUAUUAAGCAACAGUCUUGAGCGACCGCUGAGGCCAUAUUGGUUAGGAGAGUACGAACAAUAA